GCUGCGGUAACGCCCUUGGAGCGAGGGUUGAGACGCUGCGCGUCGGCUUCCACAUCGUAUUUGCGCCGGUUCUGGUCCGAAGGGGCGUCCCGCAGGGGCACUGUUUUGUUUUUCAUUCCGCGUUACGAUUUCGUAACUUAAUUGUCAAAGCUGAUCACGGUGCUUUCCGACUGGGAAGCACUGCAAAGCCGAUUCGGCAAAUUUUGUAUUGACACCUAAGUAGGUACUACGAAACACAACUCCUGCUCAUUAUUAAUAUGCAAUUGAGUAAGAAGAUAUGGAAAGCUGAAAGACUUCAUUAUCACAGUUAACAACAUUUAGAUUUCCACGUGCUUUUACACUUGUGCUGAUUAAUUGUCACUGUAGUGUCGUUAAGCACCGCUGGAACAGAUGGCAAUGGGAGGAAGAGAGCUUAGGGCUCAUCUCUGUAACUCACAUAUAACAAAAGCAUGCUGGGCUUCAGCAAAGUGCAGCAGCUGCUGCCAGCUGUUCCUAGGAGCACAGCACAUCUGUAUAUACUGUAAGGCAAAGCAACCAAAACUGGGGUUAAUUUCAGGAAUGGUUUCAGCAACUUCUGCAGCUUCACAAAUUAGAUAGUGAUAGAAGUGGACCUCAGGCUCUGGAAAACAUAGGAAUGCUGACUGAGGGGCUGAGGGCAUACAUGCAUUAUUAUGUGGGCAUUCGGUCUCAUCAACUACUGUGAAAUCCCACAUUUUAAAAACUAUUAAAGCAAUUUCUUGCUCUCUAAAUUGUCAUAGUACCAUUCUUAAAUGAAAAUACUCCCUUUCUUUGUUCAACUGGUUUUAAAAAACUAAAAUGAUCUCCAACGACCAAAGAAACAAAUACAGGUUUAUUGGGUUAUUGCCCUGUAUUCUUGUGUAAUCCUUACUUCCUGUAUUUGCACUGACUUGCUUUCCAUUCUGCUACCUGGCAUACCCAGUAGGAAAAACAGGCUGUGUGCUUUAAGUCUGUAAUGCACCUGGUGCAUUCAGUGGGAAGAGAGCCUGAAGGGGAUGGGCCAGAAAUAAAGGAACCAUUACUGGGACUACUUGGCUUAGUGUGGUAACCAAAUGUUUUUUAUCAGUGGUUCCUGGUGAACAAAGUAAUGCAUUUGAGUUCUUUUCUAACCAACUGGCUUAACAGUUUGUUUUGGGAAAGUUCGUUGACAGGCAGAGACAAUUACUCAUCUGAGCAAUGGGAAAAGGGAUUGAGUAAUUGUCAAGAACAUUCACUGCAAUCAGUAAGCAAAAAGAAUGUUAAAACACAAAAAAAUACAGAGUAGCAUGGAUGUUAGCUGUUUAUUGUCAAUUGCAAUUCCUUUUAAUUUCCAGCAGAUUAAAAGAACACAAACGAAUGUCCUUUAAAAAACAACGGGGAGGAACCAAUCCCAUCUGGCAAUAAUGAGGUAUUUUUACCUCUGUAAGCUUCCAGGAAGAGUUAUGGGAAUCCGCCUACUACGCUUUACUUCUGUGGUGAUCAUCAUCUUACUUCUUGUGGCAGGAGCUUUAACAGCUUUGCUCCCCAGUAUCAAAGAUGACAAAAUACUUAAUUUUAAAAGGGAAUCAAAAACCCAGAGUCAGCCUGCAGAAGACUCAUUUACUCUUAUCAUGCAGACAUAUAACAGAACUGACCUACUACUAAAGCUAUUAAAUCAUUACCAAGCCAUCCCCCAUUUACAUAAAGUAAUUGUUGUGUGGAACAACAUUGGAGAGAAGAUGCCAGAAAAGAUGUGGAAUUCCUUAGGUCCUCAUCCUGUUCCUGUUAUUUUCAAAGCUCAAUCUGUAAAUCACAUGAGGAACAGACUCCAGAACUUUCCUGAGCUGGAAACAAAAGCUGUUUUAAUGAUGGAUGAUGAUACACUCGUCAGUGCUCAUGACCUUACUUUUGCUUUUUCUGUUUGGCAGCAAUUUCCAGAACGUAUAGUGGGAUUCAUUCCUAGAAAGCACAUUUCUACUCCUUCAGGUGUAUACAGUUAUGGCAGCUUUGAACUGCAGAACCCAGGAUUUGGAAAUGGAGAUCAAUAUUCUAUGGUUCUUAUUGGUGCAGCGUUUUUUCACUGUAAGUAUUUAGAAGACUUUCAAAGACAACCAGAAGCUGUUUACACUUUAAUAGAUGAAACUCAAAAUUGUGAUGAUAUUGCCAUGAAUUUUCUGGUAGCAAAGAAUACUGGAAAGCCUUCAGGAGUGUUUGUGAAGCCCGUUGAUAUAAGAAAUUUAGAAAAAGACACUAACAGUGGCUAUUCUGGGAUGUGGCACCGAGCAGAGCAUUUGUUACAGAGAUCUUACUGUGUAAAUAAAUUGGUUAAUAUUUAUGAUGGCAUGCCUUUAAAAUAUUCUAAUAUAAUGAUUUCCCAAUUUGGGUUUCCUAAUUAUGCCAAUCACAAAAGUAAAGUAUAAACCAAUGAUUUAAGGGGUUAGAUGAUGAUACUCAGUGAGUUGUACCAAGUACAAGGAAAGUGUGAUUACUGCAUCUUGGCUCUCCUUACUUGCAGCCUCUGAGUUUCUUUCAUGUGGCAUUUUAUGUUGUUCCCCCCUCCCACUCUUUCUUACCAAUCACCAAGGUAAAUUUUCAGAAUUUUAAAUAUAUGUAUAUAUAUAUCUUAAUGGGUAGUCAUAAUAAAAAUCUUCUUCUUCCCACAACCUGAGAAGUGUUUACAACUAGGCCACUUCUUCAGAAACAUGCAGACAAAAAUGUACCCCUAUACUUCAGUGAUCAUAAUCUGACUCUUUUAUUUUUACUGUGUACCUAGCUAAGUAAACUUAGUUUUGUUUUGUGUGGAGAUGCUUCCCUCCCCUGUUUUCCUUCUCCACACAUUUCCUACUGAAACUGUAAAAGGGCUACAACAAACAGACUAGGCUCCUAGAUUGCUGUACAAAAUUCCUUUACAUCUGUAUGUUCCUGAAGCUGCUGUGAAGGCAAACCAGAAGAAUACCCAAUCAAAGCAGAUCUCAGUCCUAAAACCAUUGCAUACAAUAUCCACUACUGCUGAGGCAGUGAAGAAGGAUUUCUUUGCUACAGCUUUAUUCUUAUUAAUAAUUCUCCUAGAGUUGCUGAAACAUUGUAAACAGUUGAAAGGUAAAACUUAGCAAUUGGAAAUGAAAGAAACACUUGAAUACAUAAAAUAUGAAAAUUAUAUAUGCAGUCAAAUCCAUGAGAUUGUUUGUCAAUACUAUCUUUAGUAUUUGGUUUGCUUUUGGUAUAUUGUGUGUAUUUUGUUUAAAAAAAAAAAAAAUAUGCCCAAGUAAAUCUUCUAAAAUGUUUUCUGUACAAUUGCUAAUGAGAGCAUGCUGCUCUACAUUUUUUCUAGUUUGUACAUUUUGUAAUAUUACAGGUCUACUUUUUUUUUUUUUAAACCAGUCUUUCACAUGAGCAAUUACUUCUUGCUUUCUUUUAUCUCUGUUUUUGGCAGCUAUGACAACAGAAUCAAAAUGUGCAAUGAAUGUGUAAAACAAAGUGUUUUAAGAUACAGUGCUAUGUGACAGGGCUGGACUAUUAUCUUUGAAUUAUGUGGCUCAAUCAGUGGCAAGAAAGAGCUAUUUUUUAAUAACUUCUGUUUUAUUAGAAACAAUGGUAACAUAGGAAAAACUUUUUUGCUGUAGCUAUUUUGUGGUAUCGAUGAAAAACAAAAAAGCAACGUAUUUUUUUUGUAUCAGAAGAAUCAAAUCUGCCAUCAAAUUUGGGCUUAAUCCCACCUACAUCGGUUUUAAUUUAUUUUCAGUACCAGUUCAGAAGUUGGCAAUCAAUAACAACUCAUGUCUACAAUACAUCAUCUACACAAUUGAUGUAUGAUUAUUUUUUAAUAAGUUACCUGGACAAAAACAGUCUUUGAAAAAUGUGACAUUCUUACUGCUGUUUCUGGAUAUGGACUCUGAGUUCCUUUCUGGAGAACAGAGGAUUCUUUUGUUUUGUUAUAUCAGUGUCAAAGAAUUUAUGUUCAGUAAAGACUUCCUAAUAUUUCUAUAAGACUUAAGGAAAAAAGCAAGCUUCAUAUAUCAGCUUAAAGUCUGUUCACUUUUGUUAUAAAUUGUAUUUACUGGGCUGUAGUGAUAAGGAAAAUUCGAACAGAACUAUGUGAGAUUUCUAGAAGUGCAACUUGACUAGUAGUAGCUUCCUGCAUUUCAUUCAUUUAUUGGUCAUCUUUAAUUUCUGUUCUGUGCAGUAUUAUCUGCUACAUUUUCACUAUUUUAGUUGUAUUUUACCUUUUAAAUUGUGAAGUGAACUGUCAACUCAGCCAAAUCUUAAUCUUGGGUUUUUUUUUUUUUUUUUUUUGAGGAAAAAGGGAUUGUUUGGGGUUUUUUGUUUUGUCUUUUGUUGUUUUCUUUUUUAGCAGGGAGCUCUUCUGUAUCAGUGAAGGAAUGAAUAGAAAUAGAAAAGCUUAUGUUAUUCUGGUAAAUUUAAUUUGUACCUUUGUCAAAUAAAAUAUAUUAAUAGAA